AUGGCGACGGAGGACAACAUCUUCGAGGGUCCGGACGGUGGUGAAAAAGGCGGAGCCAGGAGGACGCCGGAGCGUGGAGGGCGCAGCCCGCCCGCGACGGCCGCCGCCACCAGCCCCGAGCGCCCCGGCCCCGAGCCCGUCUGCGUCCGCGGGGGCCUCUACGAGGUGGACGUCGCCAACGCCGAGUGCUACCCCGUCUACUGGAACCCGACAGAAAAGAUUCCUGUAAUGCGUGGGCAGUGGUUUAUCGAUGGCACCUGGCAGCCCUUGGAAGAAGAAGAGAGUAACCUGAUAGAGCAAGAGCAUCUCAGCUGUUUCAAGGGGCAGCAGAUGCAGGAGAACUUUGAUAUGGAAAUAUCGAAACCCGUGGAUGGAAAAGAGGUUGCCUACUACCUCCCUCCCUUCUCCCUCCAUUCUCUGUUCCAAUGGAGAGGAUAUAAAGAGAAUGCAGAGGCGUCAGGGCUUAAACGCAAGCGGUCCGAAGCUAUCCACAGUUUGAAGCUGAGCCGCACCCACGUGGACUGGCACAGCCUGGAUGAAGUCUAUCUUUACAGCGAUGCAACAACUUCAAAAAUUGCAAGGACGGUUACUCAGAAGCUGGGGUUUUCCAAAGCUUCGAGCAGCGGGACCAGACUCCAUCGAGGCUACGUGGAAGAGGCCACGUUGGAAGACAAGCCGUCGCCCACCACUCACAUUGUUUUUGUCGUGCACGGCAUCGGACAGAAGAUGGACCAAGGGAGGAUCAUAAAAAAUACUGCCAUGAUGCGGGAUACUGCAAGGAAGAUAGAGGACAAGUAUUUUAGCAACCAUGCCACACAUGUUGAGUUCCUGCCUGUUGAGUGGAGGUCAAAGCUUACCCUUGAUGGAGACACCGUUGACUCUAUUACUCCAGAUAAAGUCCGUGGCUUAAGGGAUAUGCUCAACAGCAGUGCGAUGGACAUAAUGUACUACACAAGUCCCCUCUACAGAGACGAAGUAAGUGUGCGUCUUCAAGCGCCUCUGAACCGCUUGUACACGCUUUUCUGUUCGCGGAAUCCAGACUUCAGAGCCAAGGACGGGAAAGUGUCGAUCGUGUCGCACUCCUUAGGAUGUGUGAUCACCUACGACAUCAUGACCGGGUGGAAUCCGGUCAGGCUGUAUGAACAGUUGCUCGAGAAGGAGUACGAAGACCUCGAGGACACCUGGAUGAGCUACGAGGAGCAGCAUUUGCUGGAGGAGUUUUACAUAACCAAGCAGCGAUUGAAAGAAAUAGAAGAGAGGUUGCAUGGGCUGAAGACAUCCACCAUAUCCAAAACGCCUGCCUUAAAAUUCAAGGUUGAGAAUUUCUUCUGUAUGGGAUCUCCAUUAGCAGUGUUUUUGGCCUUGCGCGGCAUCCGUCCCGGAAACAGUGGAAGUCAAGAUCACAUUCUGCCCCGAACUCUUUGUAACCGGUUGCUAAACAUUUUUCAUCCAACAGAUCCAGUGGCCUACAGACUAGAACCUCUGAUUCUGAAGCACUAUAGCAACAUUUCCCCCGUCCAGAUCCACUGGUACAACACCACCAACCCUCUACCUUACGAGCACAUGAAGCCAAGUUUCCUCAACCCGACAAAAGAGCCUACCUCAGUUUCCGAGAGCGAAUCCAUCCCGACGAUACCCAGCCCGACGACGUCGCCCGUCAUGGCCCGGCGGCACUACGGAGAGUCUAUAACAAAUAUAGGCAAAGCAAGUAUAAUGGGUGCGGCCAGCAUCGGGAAAGGCCUCGGUGGGAUGCUCUUCUCCAGAUUCGGACGCUCAAGUGCCCCCGCCUCCCAGGCCCUCGAGCCAGGAAAAGAAGGGGCGGAAGCAGAGGAGAAGAAGGCGGCCUCCAGCCAAGCCCUGAUUGGGACUCAGGCCUUCCCCCACAGCAGCUCUGGCUUCCUGGACCCGACAGUGGAGCUGGAGCAGAGGAUCGACUUUGAGCUCAGGGAAGGCCUGGUGGAGAGCAGAUACUGGUCGGCCGUCACGUCGCACACGGCCUACUGGUCGUCCAUGGACAUUGCCCUCUUCCUCCUCACCUUCAUGUACAAGCAGGAGCAAGAAGAGGAGGACGGCAUCAAAUCACAGCCAGACCCUGUUUGA